AUGUCUAGAGUGCUAGGCGAUUUGAUCACGGGAAUCAUCAUUGCCGUGUUGACAUAUGUUUCCAGAUUCAUCCAUCGCAUCACAUCUUCUGGCAAUGCCCCCGUGCUUCCGGCAGCAGGCCUGUCGGAGCCGUGCGCCUCAAACUACACAUCAUUUUUCCAGCCAAUACUCGAGGAGUUGGUCAAGCUACUUAUCAUUUGCUACCACAGCUCUAAAGCCACAGCCCCGUUAAAUCUAUUCGACUUGAGCUUGAUGUGGGUCGGGUAUACCAUGCCAACCAUGCAAAUUUACCACUACUAUUGUGGCAAAGACUACAAGAAUCACUAUUCCAAAUUUCUCAAGUAUCACGAACUAUGGCUUGAUCAAGAUUUGUACCGUAAUAGGUACGAUUGUGAAGAUGUAGAGGAAGUCGAAGAGUUUUGGCGGAAUAUAGUUGAUGUGGGAGCAAAUACUAAAGAUGAAAGCUCGCAGCUUGCCUUGAGACAUUCCUUGUCAAGUGAAGAGUCUGGCAAAACUGCGGUCGACAAAAUGGCGAUGACGAUUAGCAGAUCGAUGAGCUACAAUGUGCUUCCGAAUGAAUUCAAAGGUCGCCACGACGAUGAUAGGAAAAGCUUUGAUACUUUGGUUCAUGACAGAGUUCAGCUGAGGAAACACUCUUUUGCCAGUGUAAAGUCUACCGCAAGGCCAAUUCCCAUGAAUGCAAGGAACUAUAUGAGCUGCUCAGACUUGGUACACAAGUUGUACUCUCUUCUGCCGAAAAACACCUAUCAUUUGAAUCGAGCAGUCGCUAUCGCCACAUUUGACGAUGUGGAAGAAGAAAGCUAUUUACCACAGAAAUUCAGUCAAGCUGGAAACCAAGUUGGAAACCAAGCUGAAGACCAAGUUGAAAAUCAAGCUGGCCUUGAUAUUUUACCAGAAAUUGAAGAAGUUUACGAAAACAUCGAUGAGUCCUUUAUUCAGCCGAAUCAAGAGAUUGCUGUUGAGCAGUCAAAUGAAGAGCAACAAACUCAACACCACAAUCGCACUUUCCUCUUUGCAUUAAUCCAAAUCAUGAAUUGGUUCAGUUGGCUAUUACCUCCCUUUUUACCACUCAAUGCAUCCAACAAUGGGCGAGAGGAAUUGACAUCAUCAAUGGAUCCAGCUACAUCAACCUCAAUUUCAACGCCCAUUCCAGCACCAAAUGAAAGAUACCCACUUCUCAAGUCAAGUCUAUCUCGCUACAGCUUGAUCCCAAGGGAAUCAUCGAGCAGCCCCACACGUGAUCUUGAACUUGGCAGCGGUGGCACCACUGCUGUCAUUGGAGUAACCACCAUUGAUAGAGUCAUGCUUUUGCAAUCGUUUGUCUCGUAUUAUUUUGACAUUUCGUUGGACUCGGUGCUCCUUCAUUUCAAGACCGAUUCCUGGUUCAUGACGUAUGGGCAGUUGAUUAUUGAUACAAGAUGGUGGUGGGUUUGUCUUGAUGAGUUAAACUAUAUUGUUUGGCAGUUUGUCGUGGUGGUGAUGUGUUUAGGGUUGAUUGUGAUGAAGAAAACAGCAGCCAUGGCUUGGCUAAUGCUUCCGCUCGUCUUGAUCCCGAAACUUUUCAAACAAAACCACUUGCACAAUUUCAACAAGAAGUUCGAUUACCGACUGGUUAUCUUGUUGGAUGGCGCCAUCAAUUUGGGAUUGCUACUGUUCACUACUGCAUUAUCUGUAUUCUAUGAAUAA